AAUUCAGUAGUUUCACACCUAAUAAUUCGGUACCCCUCUUCUUCUUAUAAUAUCCCACCUCUCUUCUUCUCCUCCUCUCUCACUCAUAUUCUACGCUAUCUUUCUCUCUCUACACCAUUUUCUCUCUCCUCGCUUUACAGAAGUUAGUGACUAAUUCAAGGGGAGAAAUAUGGGGCUUACAUUCACUAAGCUGUUUAGCCGUCUCUUCGCAAAGAAGGAAAUGAGAAUUCUUAUGGUGGGUCUCGAUGCAGCUGGUAAGACCACCAUUCUUUACAAGCUCAAGCUCGGUGAGAUUGUCACUACUAUCCCCACUAUUGGAUUUAAUGUGGAAACUGUUGAAUACAAAAACAUCAGCUUCACUGUCUGGGAUGUUGGGGGUCAAGACAAGAUCCGUCCAUUGUGGAGGCAUUACUUCCAAAACACUCAGGGGCUCAUCUUCGUGGUUGACAGUAAUGAUAGAGACCGUGUUGUUGAGGCAAGAGAUGAGUUGCACAGGAUGUUGAAUGAGGAUGAGUUGCGUGAAGCAGUGUUGCUUGUGUUUGCUAACAAGCAAGAUCUUCCUAAUGCAAUGAAUGCUGCUGAAAUUACUGAUAAGCUUGGCCUGCACUCUCUCCGACAGCGUCACUGGUAUAUCCAAAGCACUUGUGCCACCUCUGGUGAGGGACUUUAUGAAGGAUUGGAUUGGCUUUCCAACAACAUUGCAAACAAGGCUUAAGAAAUUGAGAUUUUGUCAUGGACUGUUGGUCCUGGAUGCAGGGGUGAACAUUAUCUAAGUCGCUUCGUUUUUAACCAUUUUUACCUUAGAGAACUCAGUUUGUGGUUGUAAUUUUGUGGACGGCAGCUAUAAGCCUUUUGCUUAGAGCUUUGCAAUAUGGAUAUAUGUUACUAAAAGUGUCAAAUUGCGUUGAGCGUUGUUUGUACUUCAAGAUUCUUUGGGUUCCCAUUUGUGAAUUGCAAUAGUUGUAACUGAAGUUAAAUACUAGGCUUCUUUUCGUGACUCCUUAUAGUAGUGAUCCAGUUUAGUGAUUUUGUAUUACUAUCCAUAAAUCAGUCCACAUUAUUCGUUUAAUCUUUUGCCAAGUAGUUUAUUGGCUUUGUGCAUCUGGAUAAUGCAAUCUGUAUUAUCUGGAUAGUACUAGGCCAGUUAGCGAUUGGUUAAGAAUUUGCAAUAUUUUUUAGUGUUAAUUUUGUUUCA